UGAAGUAAUGGAUAUGUUUGUAAACCAGAUACUUAAAGAAAAUGUAAUAUAAAAAAUCAUAUCGAAAGAUAUAGCAGUAUCGAAGGAUGAUAUUUAGACAUUGUAUUCACUACUGAAAUUGAUAGCCGAUCACGAGUCGAAGAAAGGAUUUACUUAUAAACUAUAAAAUAAGACAGUUUAAAAUGUUAUAAACAGUGAUCAGUACUGCAAAAUACGGAAGGAAUAUGACGGAUGAUAAUUCAGUAUCAUGGAGGUUAAAGAAUAACAAACACUCGAACUAAGAUGGUAGACUACCGAAUUUACAUAAGAACAUCAGUUGCCAGGAGUGCAGCAAUAGCUAACAUACAUUCACCGGCUAAGGCCCACCAGUAAGAUGAACACUCGACGUGGGAUCGACCAUCCACCAAUGUAUAGCCAAAAUACAAGAGACGUUUCCCCAAGAAACACAAGAGGGAGGCGUGAUAGGCAUCACACUCAUUCUCCUUCUCGUCGUCGUAAUGCAAGAUCUGGACUAAACUGGGUUUCGAGUGACCGUUAUAACGAAUCGUUGGCUCCACCUCGUGAUCCAGAAGACGGUCGGGGUAGUGCUCCUUCUUCCUCAAGAAAUACGUACUGUUAUGGUAUGGAGUACCGUGACAGAAGCUUUUCUCGAACAGAUGAUUCCGAAAACAACCAAAACAGAAGUGUAUCACAAUCAGAACCCCCGGGGGACAACAAUCGACGUUCGUUAACGUCACCAAAUCUGACAGAGUUUGACCCUGGAUUGUUUUCGAAACGUUACAGGAAAAGACACACGGAGAAGAUGGAUUGUCCCGAUUUCGCAUUUCAUAGCAGUCUUGUAUCACCGGACCGCGCACGUUUGCGCGAUCACGACGUACAUGCUCUUGAUAAUCAGCAAUUGAUGCAAACAACAAGUCAACAGAAUAUGUGCAAAGGGAACGCAGUCUCCACAUAUCCAAUGCAAAAUAUACUAAGUUCCGAUACGGAUGAUACAAUACUUGAUGAGCGGCAAACACAUAUCAGCUUAAGGUCUAACAAACGUCAAAAACGAGGAUCGCGUUCUCCCGAACGUCAAACAAGGGGAUAUGAAAAUGCAAGGCGAAGUCAUUUUAAUACUAGGCGAGGAGGACGCGUUAAAAGCGAUGGUGGACAGUUGAAUCAAAGAGGUUUCCGAUCGAGAAGCCCUCUGAGUAGAGAUCAGGGGCAUGAGAGGAUACAGGAAGAAUUACAUCGAUUGAAACAGGAAGACGGUCCCGAUAUAGUAAUCUCCCUUGUUAGAAAUAUUCGUGAAUAUACUAGAUAUGCGUCAACAAAUUCUGAAAUUGCCGCGGAUCUUCUCUACAAUUUGGCCAAGGGUCUGGGGUCCACAACUGUACCGGCUUUUGCAAAGAAACUUAUUAGAUUUGUUGAUGAAGACGAUUUGAUAAACAAAAUCAUACAAACGAUACAAUGUUCAAUUCCGAUCAGAACAAGUAUGCUUUAUAAUGUCCACAUUAUACUCAGUCGUGUCAGGGAAAUUACACCUUCAAAUAUUCAUCUCAUACAUCGACUGAUGCAAAAUACAGAACAUAUCUUUGGGAACUGGAGCACGAGCGCAAUACAAACAGACGAAAAGACAAUGAGAGUUCGAGAAAUGAGGAAAACGUUGUCAUCGUUUAUUGCAGGCUGCGUACCAACCGAUUUUAUUCCAAUGCCAAUUUUCCCAACAAAACCUGACAUCGAGAAUGACCCUUUUCAAAACUUGAAUGUGAACAAAAUUGACAGUGCAUAUAAAAACGAGAAGGAUUACCUAGAGACACAGUAUAAACUUAUGCGUGCUGAUUGUUUUAUUCCGUUAAGAAAUGGAAUUUUGGAGAUGAGGAAAUUAGAAGGAAACACUAGAAUUAAUAGACUUGAUGAUGUUUUCGUCUACUAUAAGGUGAAAAUUGUAGCCCCCUGUUUAGCAAAUGGCAUUGGUUAUGAACUUGUCUUUGAUACCAGCCGCUCGCGACCAAGAGGAGAUCGGUUAAAAUAUGGUACCUUAGUUGCCUUGUCCGCGAACAAUUUUCAGACCUAUCAUUUUGCAACUGUUGUUGGCAGUAUGAAUAAAGGCAAAGGUGAAAUACAAGUGAAAUUUGAAUUCACUCGAAUCGCUGAGAUACAUGAGUUAUUAUAUAAUUCGCUGACCAUGCUAGAGCCAACUAGCGGUUAUUUUGAAAGCUACAGGCAUGUUUUAAGCGUGCUUCAGAAGUACGCAAUGGAGCAUAUUACGAUUCCUUUACAAGAUUACAUUGUUUACUGCUCUAGGAAAGCUCGUCCACCAAAGUAUCUCCAAGCAGACGAUACGUACGCAUUGCGAUAUUCGAGAGUUACUAUUCCAAAGAAAUCUGAUACAAACAGUGUAAAAUCCCACAUUGAAACAAAGCUUGAGUCACCGACUUGUUCUGUCGACCAAGAAUGUUGCGAGAUAUUAACAUUCGGGAAAGAUACUGACACAUCAUCUUUGCAAUCGGACAAAUCUUGUAAAGAAGAUAUUAUGCUUCAGAAUAAUUCUCCGUGCAUCGAUGUCGAAUCACAAAGAGAUUCAUCAAAUGAAAGAAAAACAUCCGUAUAUAGCAAUGCAAGCACAGCCACAGCUUUUGACAUCGACGUCAAUGUCUUGUCUGAUGACUGGCCUUCCGCAUCAGAACUUGAUUUGGAUGCAAAUCAGAUGAAAGCGUUUAAAAAUGCGUUGACAAAAGAGUUUUCAGUAAUCCAAGGACCCCCGGGAUGCGGAAAAACAUAUGUCGGAUCAAAGAUUGCUGACGCUCUACUUGAUAACACCAAUGGAACGAUAAUGGUUGUAUGCUAUACCAACCAUGCACUGGACCAGUUUCUGCAUAAAAUCAUUGCACAUAACCCUUUCGCAAAUGUAGUUAGGAUUGGCGGAAGAAGUAAAGAUGAACAAAUACAGAAAUUAACAUUAGCAGAGAAAAGAAAGAAACGGCCAUCUCUAGUACCAGAAACUCUAUUAGUAAGUAGACAUGAUUUGUUUAGUGUCAAAAAUAACAAGAGCAAAAUAUUGUGUGAGAAUAUGCUAAAGAUUAAACUCAUCAAGGAAAGCAUCUUGCAUCACAACGUUCUGCAGAAGCAAAUCGGUCCAAAUUAUUUAUCGUACUUUCAACACUUCUCGUAUCACUAUAGAUACCCCGCCUUGCUAUGGUGGCUUGCAAAUGGUUCUGAUGAGUUGAAACAAGUGUUCCAGUCUUCGGUCGAGGAAAUUGCCGGAACACGUGUGUUGCCUGAAUGCGUACGAAACAGAAUUAAAGACAUCAUAAAGAACAAUGCGUUUGGUCAAACAAAUAUAAAAUAUCCUCUUAUAGAAUUCUCGCGUGACAAAAUUGCAUUGCACAUUUUUGAGCUUAACACGCACCCAAAACUUAUGGUAAAAUACAGCAGACACCUUCGGGAAGCUGAUGCCUACUGCGAAUCAGAUCAUUCUGAUUUAUCUGAUCCAUCUUUACCUCUUGAAGAACGUUGGAAGUUAUAUAGAGGAUGGGUGAAUGAUUACUGUAAACAAUUUGAGAACGAAAUAGUCAACCACUCAGAGGAAUAUGAAGACGCGAUCAAGAGGGUUAACGAAAUAGGCAUGCUGGUGGACAAACACAUUUUAUUAUCUGCUGACGUGAUAGGAGUGACGACAACAGGAGCGGCUAAAAAUUGGAAUCUUUUCAAGGAGAUUGGUCCAAAAAUAGUUAUUGCCGAGGAAGCAGCUGAAGUGUUUGAAUCUCAUUUAAUUUGCAGUUUAAGUCCCUCUUGCCAACACCUUAUACUUAUAGGUGACCACAAACAACUGCGACCAAAUCCUGCUGUGUUCAGACUUGCUCGGGAAUACAAGUUGGAUAUAUCGCUCUUUGAAAGAAUGGUAAAAAACAAUUUUCCGUACGACGAAUUGCGAAGCCAGCACAGAAUGAGACCUGAAAUUGCCGACAAUAUGAGAAUCAAAGAUUUGUAUCCAGGUCUCAUUGAUGAUUCAUGCGUACUGUGCUACGAUCCAAUCAAGGGUGUAGAGGGCAACAUGUUCUUUCUUGACCAUAGGAACUACGAAGAGCAAGAUGCCCAUACAAGAAGUCAUAUUAAUAUGUUUGAAGCUAUGUUUCUGGUUGAGCUUUGUCAUUACCUACUUCUUCAAGGUUACGAAGACUCUCAGAUUACAAUUCUGUCAAUGUAUAAUGGGCAAAUGUUUAAAAUUAAACACUUACUGCAAGAGAGGCUUAAUCGCCGUUCUUUGAUAAGAGUAGAUAAUGUAGAUAAUUACCAAGGAGAAGAAAACGAUAUUAUUCUAUUGUCAUUGGUAAGAAGUAACGACAUUGGAAACAAAGGAUUUGUCGGACAUCUGAAUAGAAUAUGUGUGUCGAUGUCCCGAGCAAAAAAAGGUCUAUUCAUAAUAGGCAACACACGCACUCUCUUAUCUGGACGUUCCAAAUGGCAAAGCAUUAUUGAGAAAAUGGGUGAAAUAAACGCAGUUAAAACUAAAAUGACGUUGGUUUGCCAGAACCAUCCUGAACAUAAAGUCUUUGUAGAAAAUGCUGAAGAUUUCAUGCAAUGUCCAGACGGUGGAUGUUAUGAGAAGUGCACAUUUGAAAUGAGUUGUGGACAUGUCUGUCCGAAACAUUGUCAUUCCAAUAACAGGGAACAUAUCGGAAUAGUUUGCAAACAGCCCUGCCGACGACAAUGUAUAAACGGGCACCCGUGUAGCUUAAAAUGCAACGAAAAGUGUCGACCUUGUAUGGAAGCUGUAGUGAAAAAGUUAGAUUGUGGACACGAGUUGGCUUUAACCUGUUAUGAAGACAAUGGUAAAUUCGUUUGCAAUGCCAUUUGCUCAAAUCAGUUGCCAUGUGGUCAUACAUGUGCAAAGAAAUGCCAUGAAAGUUGUAUUCCAUGUGUGGAACGAAUACAAGUCUUGAAUGAAAAAUGUGGACAUUUAAACGAGGUUCAAUGCUUUCUUUCUAGCAAAAGUGACAUAUGUAACUAUCCCUGCAAGAAGAAACUGAGUUGUGAUCACAUUUGUUUGAAAAGAUGUUCGGUUCCAUGCGAGCCUUGUAUCAGCAAGGUAACAUACAAAAGGGAUGCAUGCAGUCAUCUUGCUGAACGACAAUGUCAUCAGUUAGAAAGUACCGAGUCAUGUCAAAAGUUUUGCGACCUGAACCUUGACUGUGGUCACAUUUGUCGAAAUAUUUGCGGAGCUACUGAUGAGCUUUUAAGCAUAGCGACAAACGGUUCAGUGUCAACGUGUCCAAAGGGUCACAAUUCUUUAUGCAAAGAAAGGUGUUCGUAUAAGCUUGCAUGCGGACAUCAAUGCCAAGGAGAUUGCAAACGCUGUGACAAAGGGCGAUGGCAUAGUGGGUGUGACCAAGAAUGCAAUGUUGAAUUUUUCUGUUGUCACACUAAAACAGCAAAAUGUAACUCAUUCAACUCAUUCAUACUAUGCCAAAACAUCUGCGCUAGAAAGUGCAGUCACCAAAGAUGUGAAAUGCGAUGUUGUAAAAGUUGCAAGUCGUGUGAACAUGAUUGUGACUGGGGCUGUAAACAUUUGAAAUGCACCAAAAGAUGUGGUGAAGUUUGUGACCGAGAAAGAUGCAAUAACAUCUGUGAGAAAACACUGGCAAGAUGUGGACAUUCCUGUACUGGGCUUUGUGGUGACCCUUGUCCGGACAUUUGCUUUGUUUGUGACAAAGAUGUUUUCCAGGAAGAAGACUUUGCUCAUAGAUUCGUUGAGUUACAUGACUGCGGUGAUAUCGUUAGGUCAAAGGAAAUGGACAAAUAUAUGGAUACUUUGGACGACUCAUUAUCUUUCAGGGUUUGCCCGUUGUGCUCUAAGCCAGUUAAAACAACAUGUGCAAGUCGAUAUGAAAAGAUAAUUAACGGCCAAUGGAAUGCCUUUGACAAGGUCAAAGCGAUUCAAACAUCGCGUACUUCAUGUGACGAAAUUUUAUUUGGUCAUACCCUGCAUACAGAUAGCUCUACACCUCUAAAUGAACAACGGUUAAAACGCAUUACCAACACAAACGUUAAUAGACUAAAGGAGUGUCUGAAAACACAUUAUAAUGUCGACACUUUACCGCUGAUUCAGAAACAUAUAGAUGGUCUUCCACUCACACAAUCGUUGUAUCAUGAGUUGGAAAGGGAAACUCAACGAUUUCUGCAUGCUGAUGCAUUGUCAUCUUUCAUAAAUAAGGUCGACAAAUCCAACCUUCCUGACUUGAAAGAUAAACUUACGGUAGCCUCUGAUAUUUUGGACGUACCUGGUCCUUAUACGGAUGAGUUACAAGACGCAUUUCAUACUUACGUCGAGGCAGAAUUUCCACAAAUUGUUGACAAAGCGAAGCUAAUGAGACUACGCUUUGAAUGGAAGACGAUCGAACUCAACAAUACUGGUGACGCUGUUCAGACGUUGAAGGACGUAUUGAUGAAUGAAUGUACUCGAGUGGACAAUGACGUGCGUCUAUUAACACUUUUGAAAGUGGACGGCGGAAUCUAUUUUAAGAUCAAUGGGUCUCGAGAAAAGGCGGUUUCAGUUAGGGGUAUAUCCUUUAAAACGAUCCUUGAAAACAGACAAAAACGGCCGCGCGUGAAGACAGAUAUUGCCCAAAAGAAAAGUUCAGGAUCGAAAUUGGUGUUACCUAAUGCGAAUAGACAGCCAGAAGUCGCAUCCAGAAAGGGAAGAAGUUCUCGAGACUCAAAGCGAACUGCAGCAACGAUAAAACAGGGAAACUCCCAAAUGCCAAGGCAUCCUUCGACCUACAAUGACCGAACAUCACAUGGUGCUUCGGGUUAUAAUGAAAACAGUUAUUCCAAUGGGAGGAAACGUGCUUUAGAAAACGAUAAUAGUUAUCAUAACCACGGUUUGAACUCUAAGCGUGCCAAAACAGAUAACAGAAGUAGUUUGCAUCAAAGUCCAAGACAAGGAACUAUUUCCUAUGGAAAUCAUCAUCCUGAAAGCCCUCGACAUUCUGAAAAGUUUCAUGGACGCCGCAAACCACAAAGCACAAUGCGUCCUUCACGCGGAAGUCGCCAUUUUGAAAGCAAAACAUCAUCGAGAAUGCAACAUUCAAAAAACACGAACACUAGUGAAAAUCGGUCAACGACUGGCGAUCUUCGUGAUAAACUUACACCUAAAGGGAGAUCGUCCACAUCCGGCAAUGGUUCAACACAUUCCGGCCAAAGGUCAUCCCAUUCGCCCGGUGCUUAUGAGGAAAGGAACAGGAAAAGGAAAGAAGAGAGUAGUUUAGAUUUACGAGAGAUUAUAAAGAGGUCAAAGGCAUCGAAUGAAGCUCGUAGCAGCACAGUAUAUGACUUAAGCAUAACAGUUAAUGCUACUAGAAGCGCCCAGGAACGAACUGAUAACAGUCACGACAACGUAGAGCUGGAAGACCGUCGUCAAGAUAGGAGAAGGGACAUUAAAUACAAAUAAUCAUAUGGUGUUAACCAAAGCAUUGAACUUUCAAUUCUUUUUGAUUUUAUACCGAAUUGCUUUAAGAGUAGACUAUUACACCAGCAAAAUAUCAGUUAUAAUAUAUAGCAGGAAAUAAAUUAUGUUUGGCGAACGCCAGUGGUAACAGAUUCAAGUAGACCUAUUAAUGAUUAUUCUGAUCUUUUCUCAGUCGUUGAUGAGUGUUAGAUAAAGCAAUGUUAGGGCCUAGGUUUGCCGAAUUAGAUUUGGAAUGUUUAAUGGAAGAGGUACUUUUGAUUAUAUUUAGACACAAACCGAUGUUAACAUAUAUUGCAAAUACUUAAGCAUCAAAAUAUAAAUGACGUUAAUUGUCCUUUAAAUCCGAUAAAUAGGUUGUUUUUUUAACUAAAAGAUAAACAAAACAAGGACAGUUUGUGUAUGACUGUUCUCAAGUAAGAAAUAUGUAUAUUUGUAUUGGUAAUAAACGCUUUACCAGUUAUACGAAGUUUCAGUUUUCCAGCUAUAAGUCGAUAAUAUCGUAUCUCCAAUGUUCAUUAGGAGUUGUUCUGAAAUAAUUCCCAAUACAGUUAUCUUUAAAAUCUUUCCCUCAGUUAGAUUUAUAUUUGUUAAGGAAAGCUCCACUAUCCUAUCGGAAUGUUGUUUAAAUGUCUUAGUGCAUACUUGUGUUGCAAGGUAGAGUGUUACGUAUAAUGUUUUUUUUUUAUUUUUGAAUUGUUAAUAUGUUAAAGCUUUGUUACAUUUGAGGCUCAGAAAUUCAGAUGUUCUUAAUUCAUUCCAAUUGUGUAUUUAUUUUUCCUUAAAUUCGGUAUUUGAAAAUGCAAAAUAGUUGCAAGUGAGCUGUCUACUUACUGGAAAAAUAUGCUCAUUGAGUAGGUACCAUUUAGUGUUAGAACUGUCUACUUUACAGAUAGCAGAAACAAUUGUUUAAAACUUUUACUAUGCUCGUUAAUAUAAGGUACUAUUUAGGUUUCCGAUGUACAGCUAUGUGAUUUGUGGAUGCCUGUUGACCUAAUAAUACGUUCGUGUCGUUUGACAGUUUGGCAUAGGCAGCAAAUUGAUAUGUAAACAAAUAUUACCUAAUAUAUAUUACAAAAAAAUGCCCAGGAAUACAAUGUAUUGCAAAACGGGUCACCAGUUGAAAACAAAUAACAAAAUGAAAAUACAAUAGCAUUAUAGGGCCACCAAACAUUAAAACUGCAGGGUUUAUGGCUAGAUUAAUGAAUAUAUCAAUAGAUGAUCGGAUACCUUAAUUGAAAAUCGAUUCAUUAGUGGCUAAAUCAGCUGACUCGUUUUUAAUUAUAUUAAUUUUAUGCUAAAACCUUCACCCAGAACUGUUUAACAAUUUCGUUAGAAUUGAUUCCAAUGGAUUAACCAAAAGUUCUCUCUUUUUUCUUGAUUCUUUUUAUUUUUGAAAUGUAUAUAUCAUUUUUGCAAACGACUGUUGAUCAAAACCAUAGUGUACAAUUAUGCUUGUUUACUGGUGUCGUGAAGCAAUAUCUACAUUUAAUUUAUGCUAUUGUAUUUAUAAGUAUCAGCAAUAUUGUUGGAAUCGGUUUAUUGUUGUAAGUAUCAAUUGUAAAUAUUUGAAAAUGUUAAUUUUAAAGAUUUUUUUUUAUUUCGUUAUGCUGUUAUUUGUUUACAAGUUUAUCUUAAAAUGUUCUUUUACGGUUAUGGAACUGCCAUAUGAAAUUUUACCGCAAGCAUCUACAAAUUGUAUCUCUACAUCAAAAUUAUAAUAUUUGUAACCAUAAUUCUCUUUCAAAUAGAUGCAUGUAAUUUGUCUUUGGAUGUUGUUUUUUCUGUAACAUUUUAAAGAUAAGACAAACAUGAAUAUACAUAAAAAAGGAUGUUAAAAAACAGAAAAUAUGUCAAAUAGAUCUAUACCAUAAUUAGCUUACAUUGACUGUAUUUAAUGCAAUAUAAAAUAAAUGUCACAUGCUAAAAAGAAGUUUAUAGUUGUCAUGUAAACGACGUUGAUCUUUCAAUGAUGGAGAAACAAUAGAGGCAUCACCAGCCCGCCCUCUAAACAUAUUUUGAAGCAAAUAUCAGUCUAUAUUCACCUGUAGAUAUUGACAAAGUCAUUAAAGGUAAAUAUGAUUUCAAACACCAAGUUUAUUCAGUAUGACCCUGUGAUGCUUUUUCGAUCGAGCUUUACUUCCGCGCCCUAUCUAGGUAAAAAUAAUUUUGAACAUAUAUCCGGAUAUAAUAAAAAUAUGUUGACAUGUAUAUAUAGUACCUGAAUAAAGGUACUGUUAAUACGAAAACAUACGGGGCCAUAUGGAAAUAUUGGCUUGUAAAAUUCCAAUCGAUCAGUUAUUGCAACGUGUUACCAUAGCAGCGAAACGAAAAGAAACCUUGCCCCAAUAUCACGAAAAUACUCAAGUCAAAUCUCAAUCUUAGUCUCAACUCUUUU